AUGAAAAUCCCACAGAAACUCAUCCCGCAAGACCCGCGCCCGUCCAAAGCGCACCCGCAGCACCACGCGCAGCGCAAGGCGGUCGAGAAGCGCGAGGGCGGCGGCGCGUUCGAGUGGGUGACGGCGGCCGGGCUGCUGCUGACGGGGCUGCUGCUGGCCGUGGACGUGGAGCGUGACAGGCGGAUAGAGUACGGCGGCGAUGGCGGACACCGGCGCGACAGGGCCCGGUCAGAGGACGGCGGCCGUCGGGGGUCGUCGUAUGGCGGGCCGAGGGAGAGGAGCUCGGGGAGGUAA